AUGACGACCAGGCCUUCGCGCUCCGCCAGCAUACCCAUUCCCGCGUCCUCUUCUGCCGCCGCACGUACUCUCGAGAAUGUUAUAUCCAUGCCUUUUAGCAACCCUACAGGGUCUGCUCCCGUGCCCGUUCGGCCCCGACUAACGAGCACCAUUUCCCGCAGCCCCGACAACCGACGGACCGUCGCUGCCAGUCCAGUGCACACGUCUCCGACGCGGUCUAUCGCUGGUAGUUAUUCCUCCGCCGUUUCUCUUCUCGGGCGUGGCGGCACCGCGGCGCGACCAGGCUCCAACGCCACCUCGAGCACAGCCCCAGUCCCGACGUUCCAACCGCGUAUUAUUCGUGCGACGAGUUCGCCGGGAUCAGGACCGCGUGACCCUGCUUGUCUUCCGCCGUUGCCAGCGUCGCCCUCUCAGCCACGCCCGCGCCGGCUGAGUACCAUCGCGCGCACCGCGAGCACCCCGGCGAUUGCGCGCACACACCGCCAGCCGCUCUCCUCCACUCUCCUCCCGCAGUCCUCUUCACUCCUGCCUCCACCCGCCCACUCUCACACCCAUACACACACGCAUGCACAGGCGAAUGCAUUCCCGCGCCCCGCAUACCUCGAGUACUCCUCUCUCCGUGGCUUCCUCCAUACCGAGAGCGGCCCUUCGCUCCCGCCGCGACAUCCUCCGCCGGCAAGCGACAGACGCACUCCCUCUCCGCCCACAGUAUAUCCGUACCUCCGUCGCGAGCUCACACCCGUGGCCGACAGCGACCGCGAAAGCACCGCAAGCCCGCCACCUGCCGCAUCCGCGACGACACCUAGCGCUGCAGUUGGAGUACUGGCGGCGAAUCCGGUCCUGAGGCUGCCCACGCGCUGGAGCGACCAAGAUCGCUUGCCGACGCUCAGUGUGUCUGCGGACGGGCGGGAGUUGACUUUCAGCGGCCCAUCCUGUGUCGGUGACCGCGAAUCUGCCGCUGCUCGCGCCAACUACGCCAUUCCGCCCGCGUGCGGAAUAUACUACUACGAGGUCGAAAUUCUCAACAAAGGGAACAAGGGACAUAUCAGCAUCGGAUUCGCGUCAGGAGAAGUGCGCUUGUCUCGACUGCCCGGGUGGGAAAAGCACUCGUGGGGCUACCAUGCCGAUGACGGAUGGGCCUUCCCUGGGCAGAAAGAUGGCAGCCCAUACGGACCAACUUUUGACUCGGGCGACGUGAUUGGAUGUGGGGUCGACUUCAGCCAAAACCGCGCAUUUUAUACUAAGAACGGUAAUUUCCUCGGCAACGUUUUUGACAAUGUUGGGAAGGGUCAAGAGUUAUAUCCGGCGGUAGGGCUGCGCCACACAGGCGAAGCCAUCCGAGCCAACUUCGGCGGCGAGCCCUUCCGCUUUGCGAUUGCUGACCAUGUGCGCGCGCAGCGUGACGCCGUGUGGGAUGGCAUCAUGCGCACGCGCAUCGACUGGGGCGCGCUCGGUCUCGGAGGGGAGGUGAAGGCCGAGGGGCGCGAAGACACGGAGGUGCUCAGGCUGAAGGGGCCGGACGGCCUGGGCGGCUCCACCGACGAAGAGGAGGCGCGCGUCCCGAUGCAACAGCUCGUCCUCGCAUACCUCUCGCACCAUGGCUAUGCGCGCACUGCGCGUGCAUUCCGCGCCCAGUGCGCGCGCACCGCUGAAGAGGUGUUGCGACCACCUCUGCUUGUCAAGGAGGAGGACAAUGAUGCGAGGGGAUUGGCCAAGGCUGAAGAGCAGGAGGAGCUAAUGGAUAUGGACGAUGACCCUCUGCCCACCUCCGCGGCCUACACGUUGGCUCCCACCGUGGCUUCUGCGCCUGCGCCUUCCUCCAGCGUGGAAGUGGACCUCUCCGAUCCCGAAGCAUAUGACCUGCAGACACGACUCGCGAUUGUCCACGCGGUACUCGCAGGUGACAUCGACAACGCGCUCGCAGCCCUACGCGUGUACCACUCCGCCGCGCUUGCCGCGCAAGAUGGCCUGCUCCUCUUCCGUCUGCGCUGCCAGAAGUUUGUCGAGCUCGUCUUGCAGGCGGGGGACGCGCUCAAGCGUGUGAAGGAGAAGGAGAAAGAUCUUGAAGACGGCAUGGCUGAGGAUGCGCUCGAUGGGACACCAGCGCCAGAGAAAGACAACGAAGAGAUGGACAUAGACGACCCAGCCCCUACUCCAUCUCACGCGAAACCAUCAGAUUUUCCAUCUCCACCGCCCGACACCCCUGCCGUGCUAGCGAAAGCUGCACUACAUACCGCACUUUCUUACGGACAAGAGCUAGAGGCCGAUUACAAGACUGACGUACGUCCUGGUGUGCGGGCACACUUACGUCGAACGUUUGGCGUCGUCGCAUAUCAUGAACCUGCCCGUGCGGGGGGUGCGAUCGGUGCGCUCGCUGGCCAGCAGGCACGGGCGAGUCUCGCGGCAGAGGUUAAUCAAGCCAUUCUGGAAUCACAGGGCCGCCCCGCGCAUCCUGCUCUCGAGACGCUGUUCCGCCAGACAAGCGCGACCAUCACGCAACUGGGCCUGCUUGGUACCGGAGCAGCGGCGUUUGCGGAUGUGCGACGGGAAUUUUUGGAGGCUUAA